AUAACACACUCACCAAAAAAUCUCUAACACGGAAAGGAAUAAAAGGGGGUUUAUCUAUCACAUUUUGGUGGGUGGAAAAUCAAACAUGGCUUGCAUUUCUUCUUCGUAUUCUCUGCUCGGCUCGUCUUCGUCCUUCCCUCAAAAAUCGUUUUCUGAGAAAUCGAUUUCUCUGUCAUGGGCUUCUUCUUUUCCUCAGAUGAAGAUUUCCAUCGCAAAUCCUUCUCUUCCAAGAAUACCCCCAAAAGACAAUGUAGUCCAAGCUGCUUGGACGCGUAGAUCUCGAGGUGAAGCUGCAAAAAAACCCAACAGGAAGUCAUGGAAGCAACGGACAGACAUGUACAUGAGGCCCUUCUUACUGAAUGUGUUCUUCUCGAAGAGAUUCAUACAUGCAAAGGUAGUUCAUAGGGGAACAAGCAAGGUGAUCUCUGUGGCGAGCACAAACGCAAAGGAUCUGAGGAACACCUUGCCAUCCCUCACCGAUAAUGCCGCUUGCCGGACUGUCGGGAGACUGAUUGCAGAGCGAUCUAAAGAUGCGGAUAUAUUUGCAAUGUCUUACGACCCCAAGAAAGAUGAGAGGAUUGAAGGUAAGCUCGGUAUCAUCCUUGACACCAUAAAAGAGAAUGGCAUCAUUUUUGUGUGAAAUCCAUUUCCACUGAACUGGGUGUUGCAGUGAGGCUGACAUGGUGUUACAUGUGUUGGGUUCCGACAGUCAAGCAGACUGGUUGGUGACUUGGUCUGGUGAGAGAUUUGGGUCCCUUUUAACUGUAGCUUGCUUUUCAGUGAGGAAGCGAUCUUCAUCUUUAAUUAACUCCUCCAAUGUCACCCUUUUGUACAUAAAAGCUGAUUAAUCUUCAUGUUGUGAAAGACUUGAGAGCCUUGAACUGA